AUGGGGGCCACCCCCUUCCACCCCUCGAUCCUCAAGGUCUGGCUUCCGAAAAAUUUUGACAAGCCAACAAACAUGAGGUACGAUGGGACUAAGGACCCCCAAGAGCACCUCACAGCAUUUGAAGCAAGAAUGAAUUUGGAAGGGGUAGGCGACGCGGCCAGAUGCCAAGCAUUUCCCGUGACGCUGGCCGGCCGGGCAAUUCGAUGGUUUAACGUGCUCCCACAAGGAUCCAUCAUGACCUUUACGGACAUCUCCCAAAGCUUCCUAGCCCAGUUCAUGACACGCAUAGGCAAGACAAAACACCCAAUUAACUUGCUAGGGGUUACCCAAAAACCCGGGGAGCUGAUCAGAAAGUUCCUGAAUAGGUUCAACGACGAAUGCUUGGAAAUCGACGGCCUCACGAACUCGGUUGCCAGCCUCUGCCUAACAAAUGACUUGCUAAACGAGGACUUUAGAAAACACCUCACCACCAAGCCUGUAUAG